UGUGCUGGAAGAUGAAGCCCAGAGAGAGCGCGCGCAGUCCCUGGAGCUGGGGAGGUCGGGCUGCCCCAGCCUACCGUUACGGGUUGGUGCAGUCUGAGCAUUCUUCGCUGCUUUCCAUGGCUCUGAAGACGAAAUUUAGUUGCUUAUGGAUCUUUGGUCUGUGUUUAGUAGCUGGUAAAUCUCCCACAGUCCCAUCCAUCACAGACCCACACUUUAUCAACCAGUGUGUUGAGUCCCACAACGAAUUUCGAGGCCAAGUCAGUCCUCCCGCAGCGGACAUGAAAUACAUGAGUUGGGAUGACGGUUUAGCAAAGGUGGCUAAAGCUUGGGCAAACAAGUGCAAAUUUGAACACAACAGUUGUUGACAAACACCAUACCAAUGCUCCCAAGGUUUUGAACAUAUUGGAGAAAAUAUUUGGUUAGGUGGAUUCACAGAAUUUACUCCAAAAUAUGCUAUUACUGGUUGGUAUAAUGAAUCUCACCUUUUUGACUUUGAUAAUCUAUCGUGUUCUGGCGUUUGUGGCCAUUAUACACAGGUAGUUUGGGCCAAUUCAUAUAAAGUUGGUUGUGCAAUUACAAUUUGCCCUAACCUCGGGGGAUUGACAUAUUCAUUAUUUGUAUGUAACUAUGGACCCGGAGGAAAUAUUAAAAAUGAACUGCCCUACACACAAGGAUCAGCCUGCUCUAUGUGCUCAGACAAAGAGAAAUGUGUAAAGAAGCUCUGCCAACAUAAAGAUAUGAAGCCCGUGGGGAAAGCACCUCGACGAAUGGUAUAUAAUCUACUCAGCAUAGGUUUUGUUCUUCUGAGAAUGGUUUAAUUGUCAUUUAUAUAUGCAAAAAGUCCUCAAAUUUUAUAAUAAAGGAACACUUUAUUGUUAAACAACUCA